AUCAGUCAUGGAUAUAUGGUUUUGGCAAGAAAGAAAAUAUAAUUUAAUAUCACAAGAAGUUUAUUCUGUUCGAGCAAACUUCAAUAUUGUUAAAACAUCUUUAUAAAUUCGUUUCAAGUAGGGAUGUUAUAUAUGCCAUUAGUGUUUGUGUUUCUGUUUUCAGUGGCAACAUUUACAACAGCCCAUUAUGUGAACAAGGCGAUUACUAAGCAGAGCCGGGUUAGGUUCUAUCCGAAGAAUUCUGUUUUCCGCAAAGCAGACCUCAUCGACAGGGGAUGUGUGGUUUUCAUCAAGGACUGUCCCGCUGCUUACAAACGUAACUUCGUGUGCGCACGUCACUAUGACGGUCAUUAUAAAACCUUCAAUAAUUACUGUGAAAUGGAAUACGAGAAUUGUAAUGGCUGGAGACAAUGGGGCAUGAUAAAACGAGAGAGAUGUUGAUUGCUCUAUAAAAAUCGAAGGCGUUAAUAAAAUAUAUAGUGUUGAA